AUGUUGCCCCGAAGGACUAUGGAAUAUUUGCUUUACUUGGGAUUUUUUAUUUUACUACUAAAAUUCGCAGACGCAGCCACUGUACCCACUUCUGAGGAUACAAUCAGCGAGAAUAGCAUUAAGCCUCCGCCUUUCUCACAUCUUACAUCCACAGAUAGUAUUAGCAGGAGCACGAGCAAUACUAAACGUGAUGCCAUGAAACGUGCCUUUGCCGAGUGUCGCACGCAGUGGAGUUGGUUUUGUUUGAAAAUAGAAUUCGUGAAAAUUAUGGAGCGGCUGGCUGAUAAAGAGGAGCUGUCAAUAGCACCCGGCAUCAGUGUGGUGCGAAAUGUCAAUGCGUCGGAAGUGAAAACCAACGAUUUAAUGGCAGAUGUAGCCCGCAGUUAUCCAAAUGAUCCCAACUCGCGACUUAACGGUUAUAUUAUCAAUAAGCUGAGUAGUUUUUUGCAAACUCAUUUUCUACGCUUCAAAUUGAUCGACAAUGAGACAUUAGCGGAAGCACGCUCGGCUGUAGAGACGGGACGUAAAGGAAAAUUUGGCAAAAAGGGUGGCUUGGAAGCGCUACUUGCCGCUGGGCUCGCGAUGAAAGGCACACUCAUGGCCCUUGGUAUGGGUGCCGUGGCUCUGCUGGCAGGUAAAGCCCUCAUGACGGCGCUUAUGGCCUUAACACUCUCCAGUGUGUUAGGUCUGAAGAGUUUAGCUUCCGGCGGUGGCGGUAAAACGACCACAUACGAAAUUGUCUCGAAACCUGUAUACUCUUCCAGCCAUAUGCACUCAUAUGAUGAAGGGCAUGGUCACAUGGGGGGAGGAGGGGGCGGCGGAGGUCACAGCGGUAGUGGCUAUGGCGGCUAUGGGCGACAAUUGAAUUUAGAUUCACCAAAUGAUCUGAAAUAA